UGCUGUUUGUGUGUUUUUUCUUCGAAAUUUCUUGCUUUCUUUGGUGUAUAUGUAUAUCUCUGAACAGGAUUCCGAUACGAAAUCCCUGCCUCAGUUCUUAGUAUUUUGUGAUUUUGCUGCUAAAUUUUCGUUGCUCGUUUAUCUAAAUCAGCUGUUACUACACGAAAGAUCUAUUUUUUUCCCGGUUUCUCUCAUCUUUAUUUUAAUAUCUUCAGUGAAAUCUCCAGAACCUGUUGCAUAGAUCUUGUCAUCACCUUCGGGGUCGUGUUUUUUGGAAGUUUUAUUGUGGUUGGGAUCAAAAGUUCUUCGUUUGCAAUUAGAACCUUUUGUGAAUCCGAGGAAAAACCCCAGCUUUUGAUGCUCAAGUGAAAAGCUGAGAUUUUUUUUUUUUUUUUGAUUUAGCUUCAAAUCUUUACAACAAGUUUUAAACCCAUCUCCAAUAUCACCUAAAAUCCGAGAAAGGGAGAAUGAUUUUCGCUGCCAUGGAUCAAAUGAAAAACCGACACGAGAACUUAUUGUCGGCCGUGGUGCCCCUGAUGAAGCUUUUGUGCCUCACGGUCAUUGGCCUCAUACUUGCCCACCCAAAAACCCAAAUUGUGCCAAGAGCCACCUUCAAGCUCCUCAGCAAGCUUGUCUUUGCUCUCUUCCUUCCCUGCCUCAUCUUCGUCCACCUCGGUGAGUCGGUCACUCUUAAUGAUGUACUGCGCUGGUGGUUUGUGCUGUCAACGUGCUUAUCAGCACAGCCAUAGGCUGCGCUCUUGGUUAUAUUGUUGCAAUCAUAUGCCGGCCGCCGCCCCAAUUCUUCCGGUUUACUGUGAUCAUGACUGGAUUCGGCAACACUGGGAAUCUUCCAAUUGCCAUUGUUGGAUCGGUUUGCCAUAGCUCAGACCACCCGUUUGGACCAGACUGCCAUAGGACGGGCAUCGCCUAUGUCUCUUUUGCCCAAUGGGUUGCAGUGAUUCUUGUUUACACCUUCGUCUAUCACAUGAUAGAGCCACCUAUGCGACAUUAUGAGAUAGUCUCAGCAGAGAACGAAAGAAUGAAAAUCAAAAGUAAGACUCCUAUGAUCCAAUUCGAGAGGGCCUUACUCAGCAAUGGAGGAUGCUCGGGUUCAGCUUAAUCAAUCCAGUGGUCUGAAUGAUGAUGAUGAUGAUGAUGUCAUCACUGAGAGUGCUGCAGUUGUGCGCGAUGAACCUCCCCAAGAUGACAAAGGUCCCCCGAAGAUUGACUGUGAGAUGGAGGUCCUUCACGAGAAAGUCAAGAAGCAAGUAAUUAAGGAGGGACAUGGUCAACAGCCAGCAAAGUUUGCGACAUGCUUUUUGCACUAUAGGGCAUGGGUUGAGAACUCUUCGCACAAGUUUGAAGAUACCUGGCAAGAACAGCGACCGGUUGAACUUAUCCUGGGAAAAGAAAAAACAGAAAUGACAGGGCUGGGCAUCGGUGUGGCAAACAUGAAGAGUGGGGAGCGUGCGCUGUUGCAUGUUGGUUGGGAACUAGGCUAUGGAAAAGAAGGAAGUUUUUCAUUCCCAAAUGUCCCUCCUAUGGCAGACCUUCUGUAUGAAGUUGAGCUUAUUGGUUUUGAUGAAGCCAAAGAAGGGAAAGCUCGAAGUGACAUGACAGUAGAAGAAAGAAUUCAAGCAGCUGAUGGAAGGAAAAUGGAAGGGAAUUCUUACUUUAAGGAAGAAAAGCUUCCGGAGGCCAUGCAACAGUAUGAAAUGGCAAUAGCAUAUAUGGGUGAUGACUUCAUGUUCCAGUUAUUUGGAAAAUACAGAGACAUGGCUCUGGCUGUCAAAAACCCAUGCCAUCUUAACAUGGCUGCAUGCUUACUCAGGCUAAAGCGAUAUGAAGAAGCUGUUGGACAAUGUAGCGUUGUAUUAUCAGAAGAUGAAAACAAUGUGAAAGCAUUAUUCAGACGAGGAAAAGCUAGAGCAGAACUUGGUCAAACGGAUGCUGCCAGGGAGGACUUUCAGAAGGCCAGAAAAUUUGCCCCAGAAGACAAGGCUAUUGUGAAAGAGCUGAGGCUGCUCGCUGAACACGACAAAGCUGUCUUUGAGAAGCAGAAAGAGAUUUAUAAGGGGAUUUUUGGACCCAGGCCGGAGCCCAAACCCAAAAGGUUGAGUUGGGUGGUUGUUUUCUGGCAAUGGCUUGUGUCCUUGAUUUGCAGCCUAUUCAAGCGCCGGCGGCCUAAAGCUGACUAAGCAUUGUGCGGUGACAGCUCUUUAUAACUGGCAAAUGUGGUGUCAUCUUCCGGUUAAUCUCAACCAGGGGGAGGCAUGAAUGUCUGGUGUAAAUUAUCUUCAAAUCCUGAAGAGAUUAAUGACUUUGUUAACGUUUGUAGAACAGAUGGAAAAGAGUCUGGAAACAGGCGUUUGUUAUGAUGUUGAAUUUCUAUCGAGAACAGGGCCUCUGCUCUUUGUUUUGCAAAGUCUGCGCAUAUGCGAACAAUUUGCAUCAGUCAGUCAGUGUAGAAUCUGCAACGGUAUUUGCAUUCCUUUCAUUAACUUUUACAUGCAUCUGUGGAAGAUUGUGUGUUAUAAA